CAACAAUUAAAGUUUCAGUUGUGCUCGUUGGCUUAUAGUCACAAUGAUAAUCUUUGCGUUGACAAUCGUCGGUUUAAUCGCGUGUGCUCCCAUUGGAAACUGUUACCCAGCGGCUCAAGAGUUGUUCGGUCUAAGAAAUGUCGUUACUGUUCCCACAAACUGCCCUGAUGGUCAACAACUUGUAAAUGGGGCAUGUCGUGAUAUUUGGAGAAGAUUACGAGCUGAUACGCCAGAAUCCAGAUCUGGGUUAAGAGUUCAAAUCAUCAGUCCUUAUCCACUAGAAUGGAUGAAUGGUGCGUGUCGAGAAAUUUGGAGAUCCGAACAAGAGUUAAGCGCAAGAAAUGUCGUCACUGUUCCCACAAACUGCCCUGAUGGUCAAGAACUAGUAAAUGGAGCAUGUCGAGAUAUUUGGAGAAGAUUACGAGCCGAUACGUUCGGCCCAAGAAAUGUCGUCACUGUUCCCACAAACUGCCCUGAUGGUCAAGAACUCGUAAAUGGCGUAUGCCGUGAUAUUUGGAGAUUAAGAGCUGUUACACCAGGUCCAAAAAAUAUGGUGACUGUUCCUACUAAUUGUCCGUCAGGUCAAGUCUUGGUUAAUGGAGUAUGUCGUGAUAUCUGGAGGAAAUUAAUAAAUGUUUUCAGAUCCGACGUAAAUUCUAAGAACAUCGUCACUGUUCCUACGAAUUGUCCUGAAGGACAAGAACUAGUAAACGGUGUAUGUCGCGAUAUUUGGAGAAAAGCAGUCACACCAGCUAUGAGUCCAAGCAAUGUAAUAACAGUGCCUACUAACUGUCCUCCUGGUCAAACUUUGGUAAAUGGCGCCUGCCGCAAUAUAUGGUUCAAUGCAGUCCAUGCCGCCAUGGUUCGUAAAGUACGCCAAGCCGAUAUUAAAGAUUUCACUCGAGAGAAAACAAUCGAUAGAAAUAUAAUAACUGUACCCACACAGUGUCCCACAGGAUACAAACCGGACGCCAAUGGAAUUUGCCGACCCAUACUCUAUUAGUAAUAACUAGAUACUUU